CCUUCUUGUCUUUCAGAACUGGGAAACACAAUUUCCACCUUGUUUGGAGGAGGAUCUUCAGAACCAGCUCCAAAUGUAACUGAACCUGUCCAGGAUGAGGAGGAAGUGCCUCCAGAGUCUGAAAAGGAUGGCGAGGCCAAGAAGGAUGAGGCCCACAAGGAUGAGGCCCAGAAGGACGAGGUAGCCAAGGAGAAACAGGACGAUUCGGAGAAAGGUGCAGGUGAAGAGAAAAGUCAGGAGAAGACAGAGGAGGCAGGCAGCAAGACUGAUGCCAAGGAGGAAACGGACGGAGAGAAGUCUGGAAACACUGAGGCAGAGAAGGAUGUGGAAAAGAAGGCAAAACCUCAGAAAAAGAGCAAGAUCUCUGAAGACAUCGCAGUGGAACUCGUCAUCAAUGACAUCCUCGACCCUACUGCAGAUGAUGUCACUUCCUCGAAGAAGAAGUUGCAGGAUCUGACGGACAGAGACUUGGCCAAACAGGAAAGGGAAAAGACACUUAACAGUCUGGAAGCUUUUAUUUUUGAGACACAGGACAAGCUGUACCAGGACGACUACCAGCUGGUGGUGUCAGAGGAGGAGAAAGAGCAGAUCUCUGCCAAGCUGAGCGAGGUGUCUGAAUGGAUGGACGAGGAUGGCUACGCGGCCACCACAAAGCAGCUGAGAGAGAAGCUGUCUCAGCUGAAGAGCCUGUGCAAGGACAUGUUUUUCAGGGUGGAGGAGCGACGCAAAUUGCCAGACCGCCUGGCAGCCCUAGACAGCAUGCUAAACACCUCCAGCUUCUUCUUGAGGAGUGCUAGACUGAUUCCAGAAGAUGACCAAAUCUUCACUGAAGUUGAGCUGAAUAUGUUAGAAAAAGUGAUCAACGAAACAACGACGUGGAGGAAUGAGACGGUAGCCGAGCAAGAGAAACGCUCUCCAAAGGAGCGACCUGUCCUACUCUCCAAGGACAUAGAGUCCAAACUAGCUCUGCUGGAUCGAGAGGUCAACUACUUGCUCAACAAAGCCAAAUUUGCCAAGCCGAAGGCUAAAGCCAAAACCAAGAACAGCACCAGCUCUGAUAAAGGCAGCAAGGCCAACAACACGGCCGAGGAGAAGGUCAUCCCUCCCACAGAGGAGAGCACGGACACAAAGAGUGAAGGCCCAGAGGAGGUACCGCCUGGCGAAGCCCCGUCCACGGAGGAGAGCACUGUACACGCAGACCCGACAGCCAAUCACAGCCCACAGAAGAAACAACAACUACAGGACCAACAGAGAAGGCCCAACUUGAAAAUCACAUAGAGGAUGAAUUAUAACAGCUGGAACUGGGGGGGAAAUCACUAUUUUGACAGUGUAUAAAUGUUCUAGUUCCUUCUCAUUCUGUGUUUUUUUUUUUUUUUUUUUUUUUUUUUUUCCUUUGGCACGGUUUAUUGAACUGCCAGAAGCUGAUUGGAUAAGGAUUAAAGACCAUUUAUCUUGUCCCUCUUCCUCUUCUGUGCUGUUCAUCUCUUUUCUUCAUGGAUUCUGUAAGCAGCGGACACUUAAACAUCAUGGAGAAGCAGUUUAACAGAAGUAACUCCCCACACUGGUUCUGUGCUGUGAUAGUUUCAGACACAAUCCCUUCUCACGUCCAACAAAUGAUCACAUCAAUGCUGAUCCACAGGGACUUUUAAGCAAUGCUUGGCCGUAUUGAAGUAACUAUAUGGACAGUUCACAUGAGUGGUUUGUCAUUUCAUUUCCUGCUUUGUCCUUUGCACUGUAUCCUCAACCAUGGUGUUUUGCCAUUUGUCCUGACACCUGCUCCUUUACUGACGUUUCAUGGCCGCUGUGUAAGUGCACUACUUAAUGGUGUUGGCCACAGCGGAGGGUGAGAGGUGAUUUAGAGUACUUUGGGGGAUUUUUCAUACUAUGAUUUUUUUUUUUUUUGAUUUUUUUUUUUUUGUUGCUCCAAUCCAGAAUCUAUUUGGCCAUAUAAUUUGUGGGUAUAUAUGUUGAAAACAUGAUAAAAAGUGGGAGCAAACCUCAUGUACAUACAGUGUGUUUAAAGUACAGUCGGUUGAUUUAAAUGGAAAUUGAAAAACAUCUGUUGUAACUAUGAAUCUGUCCUCAUAACUAUUGAUGAGGCAGCGUUGUACAAUAUCAAUUUCAUCAUUGUCAUUUGCAGGGCAGAACUGCAGAAGUCUAAAAUUCAGGAAGGGGAGAUGAAAACAGUGUUGUUUCUAAACUGUUAAUAAAAAGAUCAUUUUGUUUUUA